AUGGCAAGAUCCAAACAUUACUGUAAUGCUCUUGUUCUUGGGUUUAGUUUUCCGACAAUGAAGAUGAGGAGCAAGUUUACCGGAGAUAUGGACGAUAUGUUCAAUGUGCAUGGUCACGCUGGCAAUUUUUGUCGGGAGGCAAUUUUGGGAAGUCUAGGAAUAAUAAUUAAUUCGAGAUCAGAACGCCCGCCAGUACAACCAGUAACCAUAGCAGAUUUUGGAACUGCAGAUGGACACGCUUCUCUUUCUCUCGUCAACGAAAUGAUAGAUGUAAUACAGACAGAACUUGGAGAGAAUCAGCCCAUUGUCGUCUACUAUAACGACCAGCCGAUGAAUGAUUUUAAUCUUCUCAGCAAAGCUAUCCAAGGUAGCACAUAUGGUACUGGUCUAACUCUCACUGGUAACGUCUACCCAGUAAUGAUACCGAGGACAAUGUAUGAACAGUGUCUCCCAGAUAAUUCCCUCGACUUGGCAAUAUCAACUCUGGCUACACAAUACUUAUCUAAACAGGUUUGUCAGAUUAAAAACGGUGUAUCCUUUCAAGAGGCGGAUGACAGCGAGAAAAAAAUAAUGAGAGCACAAGGAAAAGCUGACUGGAGAGCUUUUGUGAUUUCAAGAGGACGGGAACUGAAACCAGGAGGAUUUCUUAUAACAUUCAAUGUAUCAUCAAACGAUGAUCGGGAUCUGAAGGCACCGUUUGAAAAUGGAUUCAUUCCACUUGGCCGUAUCGUGUCAGAUAUGAACAAAGAGGGCAUAAUCACACAGGAGGAAUAUCUUUCAACAAACAUUAAUGCCUACCUUGGGAGAACGGCAGAGGAUUUUAAGGAGCCGUUUACCAGUGAUUUGCCGGAUAUAAAGAAACUUGGGCUGGAAUUGGUGUCGAUAAGAACAGCAAAACAUUUUACGCUUCAACAGACUUUCAAUAACGUCAACAAAAAUACGACGGACAAGCUCAAGUAUUCCGAAAGGAUAGUUGCUAUGGUCUACCCAUGGUUGCAUAAUGUGCUAUACAAAGGAUUUUCAAACUCUCGAACUGAGGAAGAGAAAGAGAUGAUUAUUGACCAAUACUUCCGUAGGUUUGGCGUCUCAGAGCUACAGACUGAGUGGGUGACCGUCCAAGGAACGGACGACCGCGCAUUAUUUCCCGUCGUCAAGAUAGAGGCAUACGUCUCUCGUACCUUCGUAACUGACUUCCGACGGAGACAGCACGUCAAGUUGUCAGCAUUCAUGGUCGGCGUGUCCUAG